AUGGCUCAGAUACUUCUUUGGAUCGGCCUCGGCAACAUCGGCAGAGGUAUGUGUAAAAACAUUGCGGAAAAGUCCAAACUUGACAAGCCGCUCCUCAUCUACAACCGCACCACCAAGCGAGCCACAGAACUGAGCCAGAGCCUGCCCGCCGGCAAGACGCAGGUCGUCGAGUCGCUCGGGGAAGCUAUCGCGCAGGCCGACAUCAUCUUUACGUGUGUCGCCAACGACCAGGCAGUGGAGGAGAUCUUCGCAACCGCAGCCCAGCAGAAACUCGAGGGCAAGGUCUUUGUGGAGUGCUCAACCAUUGCUCCCGGCGCCUCAGAGGCGGCCGCGAAGGCGGUGCUGGACAAGGGCGCCGAGUUCAUCUGCGCGCCCGUGUUCGGAGCGCCUGCCAUGGUGGCUGCCGGCAACGCGACCUUGGUUCUUGCCGGGCCAAAAGCCUCGAUCGAGAAGAUCCGGCCUUAUAUCGAUGCCAUGGCGGCUCGUGAGAUCAACAUGGCCGAUGAGCCGUACCACAAGGCGUCGACGUUGAAGGUGCUGGGCAACACCGUCAUCUUGGGCAUGGUCGAGCAGCUCGCCGAGACUUAUGUGGCUGCCGAGAAGAGUGGGCUCGGAACCGGCUAUAUGAAGCAGUUUGUUGAUGCCAUGUUUGGUGGCAGCCCUUACCCUGCGUACUCGAUGCGGAUGUUGGAAGGCGACUAUUACAAGAGGGAGGAACCGCUUUUCGCUGUUGAUUUGGCGAGGAAAGACGCCGGGCACGCGAUGGCUAUUGCCAAAGCCGCAGGCACAAGACUGCAGAAUACCGAAAACGCCGAUAGGCAUUUGCAGAUUGUCAAGGAGCACGUAGGGCCGUCAGGUGAUAUGGCUGGCAUCUACGGUGCUGUAAGAAAGGAAGCUGGGCUCAACUCAGCCUUCCCGACGACGACAGAAGCAAUCGACGAAGUAGCACGACGACAUCAACGCGAAACCCAACAUACCUGUACACACCCCCAUACCACACCGUAUUCCAAAUCGAGCAGCAAAAAUGGCGCAAGGGUUCGUUCACCCUCCUCACCGAAAGCAUACUCCGACGACCGAUGUAUUGACACGAGAAACAACAGGUACAGCAUCUUCGUCGGCCUCGUCAUCGUCGUCGCGAUGGGCGCUGGCGCAUGGUUCCUGUCUCCCAAGGGCGACACCCAAAUCAUCUGGAGAUCCUCCCUCCUCCUCGCCCUCGCAUGCUGCUAUCUCAUGUGGGCCAUCACGUUCCUCGCCCAGCUCCACCCCUUGAUCGAACCCAAACGUAGCAACCUCCGAGAGAGUGCCGUGCACCAUUAA